CCUCGCACUCAAAGUUCCCCGGCCGUCCGUCUAUCUAGCUUCCCUCGUGCUCCAAGUCUUCAACUCCUGUUCGCUGUCACCGAUCGUAGCUGCUUCUUUGAGCUCGGCGUCUGUCGUCUUUGUCUGCUCAGCCGCGCUUCAGCCGCCGUUUGUUUGCCGCACUCAACAUGUUUGAUGAAAUGCUUUAACCAUAUUUCUGUAGGAGCAGCAGCAGCAUCAACCACGCAACAAUGGCUACCAAUGAUUCAAACCGGGUCGGAUUAGUAAUAUCCACCACUGAAUCAAUUAGGGUUUUCCUCUCUGGAGCCUCUCAAGACCCUAAUCUCUCCCACCACCUCCGACACACAUCCGCUGAUCUUCUCUCCCAAUCUGAGCUUUCAUACGAGCAUCUCCGCUCUGUCUGGAUGGCCUCUGAUCCAUCCAUCCGACCCGAAUUGACCCAACUCUUCUCCGGCACGCGAUUCGUCUUCUCUAGCCCGAAGCCCAGGCAGAAGAGUGAAGAAUUGAAGUCAAGGCUGAAAAAGUUGCAAGACUUGGCUGAAAGGAAAGCUUAUCAAGAGCUAGUGAAGGACAUUGCACCAAAGAAGGAAGUUGAGGAACCAUUCUCUUCUUACAAGGACCAGUUAGGAUUUGGAUUACAUGUGGUGGUUACCAUGUUUACUGGCUAUCUUGUUGGUUAUGCUGCAUUUAGAGCAUUGUUUAAUCACAGUCCUGCCAUGAAUGCUGCUGGAGGAAUUCUUGGAUUAGUGGUGGCCAUGCUUGUUGAGACUUUCCUUUUCAUUAUUAGAAGUUCUAAUCUGGAUGCCAGUAAAACAAGGUCCAGUCAAACACCGAAAUCAGCCUUUUCCGCAUCCAGUCUCAAGAAAAACCAGUAGUUUUGAUCAGGAGGAGGAAAAUAACGGGCUACAAUAGCCUCCCAUAGUCCAGAAAGAAAGCUGGAAAAGUGGAGUGACCGUUGUCUAGCGGGACUAGACAAAGACGACAAGCCGGCAACCCCUUGAGAGGAACAAGGCUUGGAAAAGAAUCAAAUGAAUGGUGGCACUGGGGUUCAUGAACAAGAGAUGGGGAUAUUAAGGUUACCUAUAUAAGGGUUCACCACAUGAGGGGCUCCAAAUCGGUGAUAGAGUUUGGCAGCAUAGUCUCUGACCAUAUUGUUGUCGCCUCUGGCUCGCCAGCCACCACUGCCUAGCGUUGCUGUCUCUAGCUCGUCGACCUCCAGGACCGGAGCACCACCACACCGGUUCUGCUUCUGCAAUGCCCUUUUUACAGGGCUCCUGUGGCUUUUUGAUCCAUUUCUCUAUUUUCAAUUGUCUAAGGUUAUUAUGGUUGCUUUUGGGUGAAUUUUAUACUUUGUCGUUUGUGGCAUGGAGAAUGAAAACCUGAGUGGAAGUGAGAAAGAGAAAACCAAUUGGAUUGAAACAUGGAGACAGAACAUUCGGAGAAGGUAAGAAUGUAACUGUUGUUGAUAGCUUUAAGAGAUUGAAAGAAAGAAGGGCAAAGAAAAAAAAAAGCUUAAGAGAAAAAGUU